UUCUACAGUCCCCGUUGACUUGAAUGUGAAUUACUCCUGUGUAACAUAGAAUAAUGAUAGUUGUUGGGCCACGGAGUUUGGAAAAAAAUAUAUUUAUUUAAUAGGAACAUUCUUUGAGCAUAAUGUCUCUUUUGUUUUAUGGAGUAGAGUCUGACUCGAGAGCACUCAGGUCAUGUUUUAAUUUAAAAUACAAGAUUUGAUUCCUCAUUCCUCUUCAGUCUUCAAUUUUCAAUAUCUCUCUCUCUCUCUCUCUCUCUCUCCACCUCCCCGUUUUAUAUAUGUGUUCUCUUGUUAGGCCAGCUUUGUUUCUACACACAAAAAUUGCUCCCAUUUCGAAACUAAAAAAAACUCAUCUUAACAUAGAGAAAUGCGGGUAGACAUGCAAGAGAAGCUGAGGACAGCCCUUGGCUCAGUAAAGGAUCAUGCAUCAAUAGGCAAGGCCAUGAUAUACAAUUACAAUCAUCACGAGAAUGGCUUCUCCAACAUAGAGAUUGCAGUCCUGCGUGCUACUGGGCAUGAUAAUGGCCCCAUCGAUGACAAGCACAUGCAUGAGAUCCUCUUCCUUGUGUCAAACUCUCCUGGAUCCAUUCCUUUUUUGGCUGAACGAAUUUCUCGUCGUCUUUGCAAAACCAAGGACCGUCUGGUGGCCCUCAAGACACUUGUGCUCAUUCAUCGCCUCCUACGUGGAGGCAACCGCUGCUUUGAGCAACAGCUACGCGCUGCUCAUGUAUCUGGCCAUCUCCAAAUCAUGACUACCCGUUGGUUUUCCAAAAGUAGUAAUAAUUCUGACCCUUCACUUUGUUUUCUACACAAAUAUUCAGCCUAUCUGGGAGAGAGGAUGGGGUGGCUCAUUAACCAAGCUGGCAGACUUGAACCAGCUGUUACGUCCACUCAUCAAGGCUUGGAGUUUCGAUGCUAUGAAGAUAAGUCCAUUGACAUGGUAUUUCGUAAAUUGCCUAAAUGUCAACUACUGAUAGAUAGAGUCUUAGAUUGUUCUCCAUCUGAUAUUUUGCCUUCAGAUAACUUGGCUCAAGCAGCUAUGAGUAACACCUUGAAAGAGAGCUUUCAAGUUUACCUCACAUUUUGUGAAGGCAUCGCAGCUCUUGUUAAUAUGUUCUUUGAUUUAACAAGGCCUGCCAGGGCUUUAGCCUGUGACAUACUCAGGAGAGCUUCUCAUCAAAGUCAAGAGCUUUAUCAUUUGUAUGAGAAUUGCAAAAGGAUUAUUGAAAAUAAGAACUUGGAAUACCCUUCGGUUCAAAUCAUCACCAUGGACCAUGUUAUGGCAUUGGAACAAUGCUUGGACUGUCCACAAAUUAAUCAACCACCAGCACCAGCUUCGUGUGGCUCUGUAUUGAGCAAGACUUGUUCAAGUACACCUCCUCCUAUCUUGGACUGUCUAUCAAAAUCAAUCAAGCCCAGGGUACUGCCAACAACAGCAAAAGAAGGCAAAAAGAAUAUUGAGAACAAAAGUGAUAUUAGUUUGUCAUCAACUCUUUUCUCAUGCGCACUGGAGACCAAAAUAAGCAAAGUUUGGGUUGUGUUUGAAGAAGAUGAUCUCCACCAACCACAAGUCCCGGUACCAGUACCAGUACCAGUAGACAGCUGGCUCUUCAAUGGUAAGCUCUGUGAUUUUGCUAAGCAGCAUAAACUGGGGGAUCUUGUGACUAAUAAAGAUAAUGAACAAAGUAGGCCUUGUGGUUUUCAAAACCCAUUUACAACAUGUAUAGAUACAAGCAUGGUGCCCAAGGAAUGAGCUCCGAUCAAGAAGUUAUAUUGUUUAUAAUAGGAGUGAGUGACCUUUACUGGUUUUGUACUUUCAACUCAAUUUUUCAUUUUUAUUACAUCUUAAUGUGAGUGAGUUCAUGUUGCUUGCUUCU